AGAGAGAGAGAGAGCAGGAGAGAGAAAGACGGUCUCUGGUGAGAGAGGGUUGGUUGCUUUUUACUUCGUCUCCAUAGAUAGAUAGCACGCAUCUCAAGCAGUCACAGAGAGUGAAAAAUGCUAAUAUAUAUACUCAGCAAAUCGGUCUCCGUGUAACGGCUACUUUUGGUGAGAGAAGUUGAGAGAGAUAGCAAAGAGGCUCUGGCAUUUGGGCGACGACGGUUGAGUUGCUGCUGCUGCUUCAUAAAUGGAUUACAAUAAUGACAAUGAGCACUGGAAUUGGAAAAGGAAUAAUCAGCGUGCCCAAAAGGACUCGAAUCAUGACGUGUCUGAAUGCAUGUGGAAGGGAGUGCCACAGAACGAAGAAGACAUUUCCUACAUGUUCGAUGAUGAAACAACACCAGUUAAGGCUUGUGGGGAUUUGGCAUAUCAUGUUAACUUUAGAGAUAAUAGGACCCAGGAACCAGAAGCAGAAGAACAGUCUUUCUCACAAAUAAAGAGGCGCCGGAUGCUACAAUUUGACACUCAUGAUUUAGAUCCUUCCCUUUCAUGUGACGAGUUGUCUUCUUCAUUCUUGAAUACAAGUGAGAAGGCAGAUUCAAUUGAAGAGGCUUUUUCUGAAGCGUCGCAAUGGGUAUCAGGGUUUGCAGGAAAUCCAUCUUCAUCUGGCUUUGAGGGCCUGGAUCCAUCACCUGAUGAGUGGAUUGCUGAAUGCUUCAACUAUACUGAUAUGCAUUUCAGCCCUGAUGAGUUGAAUUUCUCAGGGGCAUCGGAUGUUCAACUUGACAUCACAAAGCUCUGUGAUCUCCAACCUGAGCAUGAAGUGAAUGUGGUUCAACAACGAGUUACCCAAACACCUCGAAAUGUUAUUUUUAAAGGUAGGAAGUCUUACAUUCGGACUCCCACUAAGCUAGCUACUUCUGUGGCAUAUCCAUUUGCCUUCAUUAAACCCUCUGGCGCCCAUGGAGAUGUAACUCUGAAGGACAUAAACCAGCGGAUCCGCACUCCACCACCUUCAAAAUCAAAGCAAAAGCAGGAAGACCCUGCUGCUUACCCCACUUCGGCCUUUUCAGGGAAGCCUGUCGUUGGAAAAACUAAAAUCCGCACUGAAGGAGGGACAGGCAGCAUUACAAUUAUGAGAACCAAAGGCUAAGAGGCAGUAGAGAAGUGGUACUCCCAACUUCCCAUCUUGCUGCCCUUCUGCUUUCCCUAUUUUUGUGGGAUGAUUUUCCCUGUAAUAUUCUUGGGCAGUCAGGUACAGAAGUAAACUUCAUUUUUUUUCUUUCUUUUGGGUUGUUCUCGGAAAUCAUAAGUCACGGCAAAGUGCUUAUGUUUCCAAGUGUCUCUAGCUGUCAAAUAGUAGCGGUUCUAUACAUUGUAUGACUGAGAAUCUCAAAAGUCUACUAGGUACUCGUUUAUUUCGGUUUCUCAAAAACCUUGGUAAUCAUUUCAGGAACAUAAUACACAUUGUGUAUUUCGAUUUAUGUCUGAAUCUGAAAGGUGUUAAGAUGAAAUUAAAAGUGUAGACUUUAUCUCGUUU